AUGGCAUACGCUGUCCUGAGCGUUCUUUUCUUGGCGUUGGGGCCCUUGGCGCUGGCCGCCGCUCCUCAGAAGGCUCGCACAAGCCUGCGGCAAGUGGCACAUGAGGCGCACUCGGUUGCCAAUCCUGGCGCCCUCGGCCCUCCAAGGCUUUUUGGACGCAGCUUCCAUGAUGCCCCGGUUGGCAAUGGGGAUUGGGUGAAUCAUAAGCAGAAGAUCUUUGUAAUCGGCGACAUGGAUCCAACUGCGCCGAUGGAUCGCCUGGACGGGGAAGCGCAACAUGCGUCAGUCACUGGCGCAAAGCCAGCUGCGCCUGCUGGCGAGAGGCUGCCGCUGCUUGAAGACGGCACUCCGCCCAUGGCGCCUGACUGGAUGCCAUCUAAGAAGAUCAGGCAGAGAACUUUUCCGCAGCAGCCGCCGAGAGGCAACAGCGGUGUCGGCGAGGGCGGUGGGCUGGAUAAUCCGGCUGGUGCAUCGCCACUGAUCAACAUGGAAAAGCGUCGCCUCAUAGGCAAGCCUGAUCGCCUCCGGCCGAAGAUUGGCCCUCCAGUUGUCGGCAGCCUGAAGCGUGAACUGUUUGACGAUCCAGCGUCAAAUUAUCCUUUGAUGGCCCCAAAGGAUCGGCUGGCCAGCGGAGAGGUCGAGGCGGUGGCAACAGUUGAUCGAGUUCCUGCAUAUCUGUCAAGGUAUUUGGAGCAACGCGUGAACUUGGACCAGCGACGGCUUGCGCAGAAACGCUUGGAGGAGGAGUGGGAGCGUGCGGAUGUCAACAAAGAUGGUGUCGUGUCCAAUGAGGAGUUCAGCCUUGAACUUCACGACAGGCAAGGCAAGUCUGCAGACGAAAUUGAGCGCCUUUGGCAACGCUACCAUCAGUCAGAAGACGAGUUCAUGACCAAAUCGGAGUUUCUGCGACUGGCACGAACAGGUUAUGACCUCGGCACCAUCUCCAGAAACGAUGUUUCAACCAUGAUGACUCCAGAGAACAUGAAAGGCCUUGGCUACUGGGGUUCCGGAGCAACAUGCCCCGCAGGAGCAUACGUGACAGGCGUUCAAAUCAAGAAGAUGAAGGCGCUUCCGUCUCCUUCGGUCGAUGACAGCGGAGUCAACGCGUUGAAAUUCCAAUGCAGUGAUGGCACCAAGGUUCAGACUGCAGAGGGUCCCGAUGGAGAGUGGUCCAACUGGACCCAGUGCCCCACAGGUCAAGCAGUUUACAGCUUCCGGUCCCAGGGCCGUCCGCCCAGGAACGGCCUGGACAAUGCCGGCAUCGCCGGAUUGGAGUUUAGCUGCCGAGCUUAUGACCUCAGCGCAGUCUCCAAGCUCAGCCUUGCCAACGCCGAGGCUGCUUGGUCCGAAGAACUUCGAUGCCCACCUGGGGAGACGGUCUGUGGAGCCCAGGCAAACUUGGUACAGGCACUCACGCUCUCGUGCAUGCAUGUGAGCAUGAUGCACUAUGCCUUCGAGCAGCUCUUGAAGCAGGGCAGUGCUGCACUGCUUCUUCAGUUGCAUACCAAAGCCAAGCGGUGUUGCAUGUUGAUGCAGGAUGCAUCUGACAACAUGGGAGUGGCAGACCUGCGGAUGUAUUGCAUCUCGCAUUUCAACAGGUGCACAGCUGCCUUCUCAAGUGCCAUUAUGGCUUUGCGAGGUUGCCAUUCGCCCGUGGACUGUUCUCAGAUCUGCUCCAAUGCGCAGACGGGCAUCAAACUGGUGCGUACCCGGAUCCUUGAGACUUUUGCAGGGAUUCCGGACUGCAGUGUAGGAGGUCCCGUGCCGGACUUCUUCCAGCGAAUGGGUCGAACACACUUCUGCUUGGUUCCACGUGGCUCCUCUGCAUGGACCAUUCACCUCUACGAGAGCUUCUUCUUCGGUUGCAUCCCAGUAAUCCUCUCAGACUUCUUGGAUGUGCCCUUCCAGAACGUCGUAGACUGGCCAGCUCUCAGCAUCAAGUGGCCCGAGGACCAGGUUGGCCCCGAGCUUCUGAGGUACCUGCGAAGCAUUCCGCUGGAGCGCAUCGCUGCCAUGAAGCGGCGACUCGAGGAGGCAGCAUGCUUCUUCGACUUCCACCGUGGCUGGGGCCGUAGGAGCAAAGCUGGACACCACGCGGAUGCGGACGCGGAUGCGGACAGCGAGUGGAUUGAAUGGGCCGCAGACCAGGUGGCGCUUGGGGCGGACUGUGAAUAUGUCCAGCAUGGGGAUGGACGGUCGCCACGAAGCUGUCGAAGCAGCUGCACACAGCAGCCGCGCUGCAACUCUGUAAACUUUCACCCUGGCAGUGGCUCAGCAGAUUCAGGGGACUGCGUGUUGAGGAGCUGUAGAGACCCAGCACAGCCUGCACUUACAGGAGGUGCUGACGGCUGGCAAGUCUGGUCGAUGGUCAAUCAAACGCAACUGCAAUGUUCACCCUACUAUGCAAUCUUCAGUCAGCUCCAGAACCGGAGGAAGAAUUUGCCCUUACAGCAUGGGCCUUUCUGGCAUCAGUGA